AUGGAUUCUAGAAUGGCUCUUACAUCCUUUCCUCAACAGAUCAAAGGAACCACAUAUACCUUAUCCUUGUUCGACAGUUCCACAAGCUACUCCAGCAAGCUUGGGAGGUCCAAACCUCUCAUACAUACCGGGAAUGCAAUAAGUCUGCAGACUACUUAG